GCAGAGGAAGUAUGAUCCGAAGCGGGUCUUCCAGACACUGGUACCCGGCGGACAGAAACUGCCAGCGUAAGCGCCCCCAACUGCGGAUCUGGUUGGGAUAUGGCCGCAUAUCCAAUCUAGCGUUGGAUAGACACUAUAUAUACUAGUAUCUUAUUCCAUCAUCCAUGUAUGGUUUCUUGGUAAUCAAGCCCCAAGUGGUAAACAAGUCUCGCCAGGCUUAGUCAACUCCGUUUGUCUCCUUCUCUUCUACCCAACGCUCGCAAUGGUCAGAGGUAGUGCGACUACCACCCGCCCUCGCCACGUCUCCGCAUCCAAAUCGGAGCGGGCCACCACCGCAGCUCCUUCGGUUUCGACACAGUACAGCAGCGACCGUGCCACCGGCUGGGUCUCGCAUCUACCGCCGUCAUGGGUUCCGUACGUCCAGCUCGCCCGCCUCACCUUGCCGGCCGCGCUGAUGCUCAUCUACCUGCCCACUCUGUUCGGCGUUCUCUUGGCCGCCGUCCUUGGUGAAGUCCACCACCACCCCUCUCACUCCCCUGGCUACACCUGCUUCGUCCUCCUGGUAGCCUCCUUCUUCUUUUCCAACGCCGCGCACGUGUGGGACGACCUCGUCGACGCGCCGAUCGACGCCCUGGUCGCGCGCACGGCCCGGCGGCCGAUCCCGCGCGGCGCCGUGUCCCGCCCCGCCGCGCUCGCCUUCGGGGUUGCCAACGCCCUCGGCGCCGCGGCCACGCUGGCCUGGGGCUUCCCCGACCCGGCCCUCGCCUUCCGCUACGCUGCGCCCAACAUCCUCGCUACGACGUACUACCCCUUCGCCAAGCGCCACACCAACCUCCCCCAGCUCGUCCUGGGGUUCUGCCUCGCCUGGGGCGUCGUCAUGGGCGCCGUGGCCGUCGGCUGCGAACCUUACUACUACUCCCAUCACCAUCACACCACUGCUAGUAGUACAACAACAACAACAAUAACAACCGCUACCCUCAUCCCGGCCCUCCUAACUCUCGGCCCGCUCACCAUGCGAACCCCCUUCCUGGCCCUUCACGCGGCCUGCACCCUCUGGUCCGCCAUCUACGACACCAUCUACGCGGCCGAGGACUACGAUCACGACGUUGCGCUCGGCGUGGGCAGUCUGGUCGUGCUGUGCGGCGGGCCGCGCGGCCCGCACACCAAGCGGGUGCUGUACCUCCUGCUGGCGUGCUUGGGUGGCUGUUUGGUGGUUUGCGGCCUAUCGACGACAAGAACAGGGAAGGUGGGGAUGGAGACAGGGGUGGGGAUGGGGAUGUCUUGGUGGUAUUAUGCGGUGGCGCCCGUCGGUGCUACGGCUGCGUUGGGCGCUAUGAUUCGGGAUGUGGACUUAGAGGAUCCGAAGAGUACGUGGUGGUGGUUUCGGUAUGGGUAUUGGUUUGUUGCGGGGAGUAUUGUGGUCGGGUUGGCGGGUGAGGUGGCGUUGGUGAGGGGGUGGGGAGUGUAGACCCUAGAGGAAUCUGUGAGAGGGAGAAAGACGGGGGAGAGAGAUGCGGUGAGGUGCCUGUUGAUCGGGGUAUGGUAUGGUUACCUUACACAACGCAAUGUUAUGCUGUAUAGAGGUUGAUUUAGUCUGCCUAACACGGGUCUUGGAUCACCUGGCUUUGCAUUACAUAGACUCAGAUGAUUUGACUUUGUUUGUCGUGAGCUUCGGCUGUAAGAGGAAGCCCGAGAGUACCU